CCCCGCCCCGGGCAAGCAAAGUCCUGGAGAGAGGGGAGCUCAGGAGAAAAGAGGCUAGAUUCUGCAGGAGCUGCCUUUCCUGGGAGGAAGAGGCUGCCGGGAACGAUGUUCUCGUCCGUAAAGCCAUAUGAGAACCAGCGCUACUCUGCCUUGAAGAAAGACUGCCAAAGGAGGAAAACCCUCUUUGAGGAUCCCUUGUUCCCGGCCAACGACGACUCCCUCUUCUACAAGUCGCGAAUUCAAGGUGUGCAAUGGAAACGGCCAAAGGACAUCUGCGACGACCCCCACCUCUUCGUGGAUGGAAUCAGCUCUCACGACUUGCACCAGGGCCAGGUGGGGAACUGCUGGUUUGUGGCUGCUUGUUCCUCCCUGGCAUCAAGAGAAGCCCUGUGGCAAAAGGUAAUCCCAGAUUGGAAGGAGCAGGAGUGGUCCACUGAGAAGCCGGAGAACUAUGCCGGCAUCUUCCACUUCCAGUUCUGGCGGUUUGGCGACUGGGUGGACGUGGUGAUUGACGACCGCCUGCCCACGCUGCACAACCAGCUCAUCUACUGCCACUCCAACUCCAAGAAUGAGCUGUGGUGCGCGCUGGUGGAAAAAGCCUACGCCAAACUCUCAGGAUGCUACGAGGCCCUAGACGGAGGCAACACGGCUGACGCUUUGGUGGACUUCACCGGCGGCGUUUCCGAACCCAUCGACCUGCUGGAAGGCGACUACGCGAACGACGAAGCCAAACGCAACGUCCUCUUUGAGCGGGUGUUGAAGGUCUACAACCGGGGCGGUCUCAUCAGCUGUUCCAUAAAAGCCACCUCCGCGGCCGACAUGGAAGCCCGGCUGGACUGCGGCCUGGUCAAAGGGCACGCCUACGCCGUGACGGACGUGAGGAGAGUCCGCCUGGGCCAUGGCCUGCUAUCCUACUUCAAGUCCGAAAAGCUCGAUAUGAUCAGGCUGAGGAACCCCUGGGGGGAGAAAGAGUGGAACGGACCCUGGAGUGACACCUCAGAGGAAUGGCAGAAAGUCAGCAAUAGCGAGAGAGAGAAACUGGGAAUGACUGUUCAAGACGAUGGGGAAUUUUGGAUGACGUUUGAAGACUUCUGCAGGUACUUCACCGACAUCAUCAAGUGCCGCCUCAUCAACACGUCGUACCUGAGCAUCCAUAAGACCUGGGAGGAGGUGGUCUUGCGGGGGGCCUGGACGAAGCACGAAGACCCCUUGAAGAACCGCUGCGGGGGCUGCGUUAACAACAGGGACACCUUCCUGCAGAACCCACAGUACGUUUUUGACGUGAAGAAAACAGAAGACGAAGUGCUCAUGUGCAUCCAACAGAAGCCCAAACAGACCAAUCGGAAGGAGGGAAAGGGAGAGAAUUUGGCGAUCGGAUUCGACAUCUAUAAGGUGGAGCUGAAUCGGGCUUACCGGAUGCACACCCUGCAGCCCAAGGUCGCCAGCUCCAUCUACAUCAAUUCCCGCAUCGUCUUCCUGAGGACGGACCUGAAGGAAGGGCGCUACGUCAUCAUCCCCACCACCUUCGAGGCCGGCCAUGUGGGCGAGUUCCUCCUCAGGGUGUUCACAGAUGUGCCUUCCGAUUGCCAGGAGCUGACGCUGGACGAGCCCCCACACACCUGUUGGAGCGGGAUGUGUGGCUACCCGCAGAUGGUGUCGCAAGUCCACGUCGUCUCGGCUUCCGGGCUGAAGCACCAGGAUUCGCAAGAAGGUGCGGACCCCUACGUGAUCAUUAAAUGUGAAGGCGAGAAGAUCCGUUCGCCGGUGGUGAAAAGCACUGUGACGCCAGAGUUUGAUGUGAAAGGCCUGUUCUACCGGAAGAAGCCAGGGCAGCCCAUUGUCAUUCAGGUCUGGGACCAUAACCUUAUCAGCGACACCUUUCUGGGCCAGGUGAGCCUUGCAGGUGACCCCAACAACCUCCUGUCGAUGCACAUCCUCCACCUGGAGGACAAAGGCAGCAAACGUGUCAACGAGCUUCCGGGGACCCUCAAGGUGCAGUUGCUCACCAGCAACGUCCUGACUAACAUCUAAAAGAAGAACGGUUCCCUUUGUGCCAUCUGUACAUCCGAUCUCGCAAUAUACAGCAUAUACGUUUAUAUCUGUACCUGCAUCAUGUACUGUGCAUGCCUUCACUUUUAAAAGGGGACCAGCGCGUUCGGUUUUGUUUUGUUUUGUUUUGAUUUUUAUACAACGGUGCCUUUUCAAGAAGUGGGGGGAAAGUGUUUUCAAAUACAAGUCCCGGGCGUAAUUUUACUGCCAGCUCUGGGCCUCUGGGCAGUAUAAAGGAGUCCCACUCGGGGCUGUAUGUUUACACAGAGAAAUCUGUCUCUCAUGCGCACAUGCAUGGCUGGGUGUGGGCUUUGUACCCAGCCUGAGAAAAAAACCACAUAUUGCCAACCUGGGCGAAGGGCUCAUUUCUUAAUUCCCAUAUCCCCAAGGGUGCUGUCCCCAAACGUGGGAAAAGGCAGGGAGGAGACAAGGCCUCGCUUGAAGGAUGCUCAGGAAGAAACACCAGGAAUUUGUUGCUUCGAUGCUUCCUCCUUGCACAAGUUGGGGCAGGCAAAUUCUCUGCCCAGGACUUGCAUCUGUGUUGUGAUUUUGUGGCAGGCCGAUAAAAGUCUGGAAAGCGUCGUACUGAGGGCAGACAUUGCUGUGCCUCUGAUUUAGAUUUCUGUUUUUCUUCCUAAAGAGACCAAGGUUCUAGAUCUCAUGGGUGCAAACGUGUGAGCGAAGCCAAGUGAAAUCUCAGAGUGCCAUAUUUCCUGUAGCAGAACGGUGGAGCUUUUAGUGGCUCAUAUCCGUCGCACCCAUUGACUAGCAAAAACCCAGAAUGCAAUUGCACAAAAUAAGAGGUGAAUAUUUAGCCAGAGAUUCCGUGAUUGCCAGAGGUUGCAGAAUUGGUUCAGGAUUUCAGCUGCGUGGCUACAUAAGCAUUGCCAUUUCCUGGGAAAUCCUGAGCAAAAAGGGGGAGGUGGGUCUCAUAAAGGGAAUAUAGAAUGGUCUGGAUAUGCAAGACCUGUUGAAAUGUCUCUUUGUGGGAGAGGGGUGGAAAGUUUUCGUAUAAAAUGCACGGUUUGGAGAAAGUGGAUGGGGCGAAAUUUUUCUUCCGCUCUUUUAACUUGGGGACAAUUCAAUGAAGAUGGAUGUAAAGAGAUUCAGGCCAGGCG